UGUGUGUGUGUGUGUGUUUUGAAAGCUCUCUCAAUGUGUGCAGAGUGAGAUGCUGUCAGCAUGAUCCUUUCUGCUCCAAAUAAUCCGCCACAUUUGAGAUAAACAUAUCUUACAAGAUGAUGAGCACUUGGAGCUUGGUGUUUUUUACUUUAUUGACUGAACUGGAAUGAUUGAAUAGGGGGAGGGCUAGUUGCUGUGCGCAUGCUUGAGGAGAGGGGAAGAAAAAAACUCGGUUUGUUCAGUUGCGACAAGAAAAAAGGUGAGGCGCAAAACUAUACUAUAAGGAACCACACACAGUCCCACUGAGAGGACCCGCAACAGAAGAGGUGGAAAUAUCAACAAAAAUGUUUAUAUUUCAAAUUGCGACCAUGAUGCUAUCCGCAGGGUCGUGCGUCCUUGCCCAGGUAGGCAUACCCGAGUUCAGCGAUGUAUGCACGGAGGGGAGCUGCUACCCGGCUACCGGAGACCUUCUCAUUGGCAGAGCACACCAACUCUCCACCAACUCCACAUGUGGCCUCCACCAGCCCGAGCGGUUCUGUAUCGUCAGUCAUUUGCAGGAUGAGAAGAAAUGCUUUUUGUGUGACUCCACCGACGUCUACGUCAAAAGCGUGGUGAACACCACCACCGGCCACCGGGUGGAGAACGUCGUGACCACAUUUGCCCCCAACCGCUUGAAAACCUGGUGGCAGUCAGAGAAUGGCCUUGAGAAAGUGACCAUCCAGCUGAACUUGGAGGCGGAGUUUCAUUUCACCCACCUCAUCAUGACCUUCAAGACCUUCCGGCCUGCUGCUAUGGUGAUCGAGCGCUCGGCUGACUUUGGGAAGAACUGGCAGGUGUACCGCUACUUUGCAUACGACUGCGCGGCGGCAUACCCUGCCAUAUCCCCGGGGCCCAUGCAGAAAGUGGAUGACAUCAUCUGCGAUUCGCAUUACUCCGACAUAGAGCCGUCGACAGAGGGAGAGGUCAUCUUCCGAGUUUUGGAUCCAGCUUUCCGUAUUGAAGACCCCUACAGCCCCAGAAUCCAAAACAUGUUGAAGAUCACCAACCUGAGGGUGAAGUUCACCAAGCUGCACACCCUGGGAGACAACCUGCUGGACUCCCGCAUGGAGAUCAAGGAGAAGUACUACUACGCCGUCUACGACAUGGUGGUCCGGGGUAACUGCUUCUGCUACGGACACGCCUCCGAGUGCGCCCCCGUCGACGGGGCUGGGGCUGGGGAUGGAGUGGAGGGCAUGGUGCAUGGCCACUGUAUGUGCAACCACAACACCAUGGGGCUAAACUGUGAGAAGUGUCAGGACUUCUACCACGAGCUGCCCUGGAGACCAGCCAAGGGACGCAACACCAAUGCCUGUAAAAAGUGUAACUGUAACCAGCACUCAGGCUCGUGUCACUUCGACAUGGCAGUUUACGUCUCUACGGGUAAUGUGAGCGGCGGUGUGUGUGACGAGUGCCAGCACAACACCAUGGGUCACAACUGUGAACAGUGCAAGCCUUUCUACUACCAGCACCCAGAGAGGGACAUCCGCGACCCCAGCAUCUGUGAACCAUGUAACUGUGAUCCGGUGGGCUCCCUGAACGGCGGGAUCUGUGACAGGAUGACUGAUGUGUCAUCUGGACUGAUCACUGGCCAGUGUCGCUGCAAACCCAAUGUGGAGGGAGAGCGCUGUGACCAGUGCCAGCAGGCCCACUAUGGCCUGGGUGACCACCCUCUGGGCUGCCUGGCCUGCACCUGUAAUACCCUGGGGACAGUUCCUGGAGGGAGUCCGUGUCAUACAGACUCAGGAGAUUGUUUCUGCAAAAGCCUGGUCACAGGGAGAGACUGUGACCAAUGUAUGCCUCAGCACUGGGGGCUCAGCAAUGAUAUGGAUGGCUGCAGACCAUGUGACUGUGACCUGGGUGGAGCCCUCAAUAACGACUGUUCUCAGGAGACUGGCCAGUGUGCUUGUAGAGAACACAUGUUUGGCCGGCGCUGUGACCAGGUGGAGUCAGGCUUCUAUUUCAUUGCCCUGGACCACUACACCUACGAGGCAGAGGACGCCAAGUUUGGACCUGGUUUGACAGUAGUGCAGAGACCUCGCCCGCAGGACCGUAGCCCCACCUGGACAGGGAUAGGUUUUGUCAACGUUCCCGAGGGGGCCUACCUGGAGUUCUCCAUUGACAACAUCCCCCACUCCAUGGAGUACGACGUCCUCAUCCGCUACGAGCCUCAGUUACCAGACCAGUGGGAGGAGGUGUUGAUGACAGUGAUGCGGCCCAGUUUGAUUUCAGCAGACAGUCGCUGUGCCAACACCAUGCCCGAUGACGACAACCAGAUGAUAUCCCUUCAUCCCGGAUCACGAUACAUGGUGCUCCCCAGACCAGUGUGUUUCGAGGCAGGGAUGAACUACACUGUUCGUCUGAGCCUGCCCCUCUACUCUGCACUCAGUGACGUCCAGUCCCCAUAUACACUUAUCGACUCGAUUGUGCUGAUGCCCCACUGUAAGAACCUGGAGAUCUUCACUGGUUCUGUGGGAGGUGACGUGGCCACCAACAGUGCCUGGGACACGUUCCAGCGUUACCGCUGUCUGGAGAACAGCCAGAGCGUAGUGAAGACCCCGUCCACAGACAUCUGCCGCAACUUCAUCUUCAGCGUAUCUGCUCUGCUGCACCGGGGAGCUAAAGCAUGCCAGUGUGACCCGCAGGGCGCCCUCAGCACGGUGUGUGCCGCCAGCGGUGGGCAGUGCCAGUGUCGUCCCAACGUGGUAGGCAGGAACUGUGACAAGUGUGCCCCUGCCACCUUCCUUUUUGGACCCAGUGGCUGCAGACCCUGUGAUUGCAAUCCCCAGGGCUCGGAGGAUGCAUUCUGCCACGAGGCUACAGGCCAGUGUGUGUGUAUCCCCGGGGCAUACAGCCGUCAGUGUGACCGCUGUCUGCCGGGUCACUGGGGCUUCCCCAACUGUCGCCUCUGCACCUGCAACGGUCACACAGAGCAGUGCGACCCCUACUCCGGAAAAUGCCUGGGCUGCCGAGAACAGACCACUGGACACAACUGCGAGAGGUGUCUGGAUGGUUACUACGGCGACCCCGUCCUGGGUUCAGGGGACCAUUGUCGGCUCUGCAUGUGUCCGGAUGGGCCCGGAAGCGGGCGACAGUUUGCCGGUGAAUGUUACCUCGGUCUGGACUCCCCUUACCAGGUGUUCUGUGUCUGCAGCCCCGGGUACAGAGGUGCCAGAUGUGAGGAGUGUGCCCCAGGUUACUAUGGAAACCCCCAUGAGAACGGUGGGCAGUGCCAACCCUGCCAGUGCAACAACAACAUUGACAUGCUGGAUCAGGAGUCCUGUAAUGUCAGAACGGGUGAAUGUCUCAAAUGUCUCUAUCACACCGAGGGUCAGGGCUGCCACGGCUGCAAGCUGGGUUACUAUGGAGAUGCCCUCACGCAAAACUGCAGAAAGUGUGUUUGUAACCACCUGGGCACCAAUCCAGCCACGUGCCCGGUGGUGGGUGACUGCCACUGUGAUCUGGGCAGUGGGCAGUGCCAGUGUCUACCGAAUGUGAUGGGUCAGCACUGUGACCAGUGUGCCCCCGACACCUGGAACAUGGCCAGCGAGACGGGCUGCGACGCCUGCGACUGUGACCCCAACCACUCAUUUGGGACUUCCUGCAAUGAGCUGAGUGGCCAAUGCUCCUGUAAGCCUGGCUUUGGGGGUAAAACGUGUCGGGAGUGCAGAGAGCUGUUCUGGGGAGAACCUGAAGUGAAAUGCAACCCAUGUGACUGCGACCCGCGAGGCAUCGCCGAGCAGCAGUGCCACAAGGCCAACGGUCGCUGCGUGUGCGUGGAGGGCGUGUCUGGUCCCCGCUGUGACGUCUGCACCCGUGGCUACUCUGGCACCUUCCCCUACUGCGAACGCUGCCACCAGUGCUUCGCCGACUGGGACCUGGUCGUGGGUCAGCUGACCAAUCAGACCCACAGGCUGGUCAACAAGGUGAACACCAUCAAGGCCAGCGGCAUCACCGGACCCUAUAAACACACCAUAGAUAACAUGGAGCAGAGCGCCGGGGCCAUAAGAACUAUCCUGGCCCAGAACCCGGCUACACAGCCACUGUCAGAGAUACAGCAGCUGCUGGAGCAGGCCACAGAUCUAAUGGAAAAGAUGAGCAACAAGCUGAACCUCACUGAGGAGGCGCUGGCCCAGGUAUCAUCUGAUGACAACAGCACCAACACCAAACUGGACUCACUCAAAGAGGACACCCAGAAACUGGAUCGCACCGUCAAGGAUCUGCUGGACCAAGUGGAGUUCAUCAAGAACACUGACAUUCGGGGAGCGACAGACAGUGUCACCAAGUACUACCAGCAGUCUCUGGCUGCAGAUGCUCGCGCCAACACCUCCACUAGUGGCCCAGGUAACCCUGUGGAGAGCUCUGCCAUUUUACGGCAAGCCACAGAGGACAGGAUGAACGACACCAGGGAGGAGUUCCACAGGAGGCAGGAAGAACACGCCAAGAGACUGGAUGACCUGGCAGGACAACUGGAGACACUGGACCUAUCAGAACUCAACGUGAAGACGUGUGGCAGCCCAGCUGAUGCGUCAUGUGUGGACUCUCCGUGCGGGGGGUUGAGCUGUGUGGACUUCGAGGGGAACAGGAGGUGCGGUGGCGAAGGGUGCGGCGGUCUGGUCACCCUGGCCAAUAACGCCUGGCAGAAGGCCAAGGACUUUGACCAGGAGAUCCUCACGGCCAUGGAGGAAGUGGACAAGCUCGCCAAAAUGGUGUCGGAGGCCAAGGUGAAGGCGGAUGAGGCUAAGCUGAGUGCCCAGAACGUGUUGCUGAAGACCAACGGUACCAAGCAGCGUGUGGACCAGAGCAACGAGGAGCUGCGCAGCCUCAUCCGACAAAUCAGAGACUUCCUCACACAGGAUGCAGCGGACCUGGAGAGCAUUGAGGCAGUGGCCAACGAGGUGCUGGCCAUGCAGAUGCCCACCACACCAGCCCAGCUCCAAACCCUGACAGACGAGAUCAGGGAGAGAGUAGGAGACCUAGCCCACGUGGAGACCAUCCUUAACCAGAGCCCCGACGACAUCCAGAGAGCCGAGAGCCUACUGGAGCAGGCACGCAGAGUCAGUAAAGAGGCGACAAACGUGAGGGACACAGCAGAGAUGGUGAAGCAGGUUCUAGAGGAGGCUGAGCGUGCCCAGAGCGCAGCGGCCAAGGCCAUCAAACAGGCCACCACGGACAUCAAAGGCACCAAUGACCUCCUGACCUCAGUGGAGUCGGAGACAGUGGACUCGGAGUACAAGCUGAACAACGCCACCCAGAGGCUGCUGCGGUUAGAGCGCGACGUCACGCUGCUCAGAGAGAAGACACUGAACACCUCACUCAGCUCUGAACAAACUGAAAAAGACGCAGAGAGCAUCAACAAAGUGGCUGAGCAGGUCAAAAAGGAUCUGGACUCGGAGCUGAAGGAUAAGUACAGCACCGUGGAGGAACUGAUCACACAGAAGGCCGGGGGCGUGGCCAACGCCAAGAAGAGGGCGGAGCUUCUACAGCAGGAAGCCAAAGACCUGCUGCUACAGGCCAGCGACAAGCUGCAGCUGCUGAAAGAUUUAGAGAAGUCGUAUGAGGACAACCAGAAGACUUUGGAAGACAAGGCCAACCAGUUGGUGGAUCUGGAGAAGUCCAUCAAAGAGCUUCUGCAGGAGAUCAGUCACAAAGUCACUGUCUACAGCACCUGUCUGUUUUAAACACAACCUCCUGUCCGGGGUUUUGGUCCCCCAAGUCAAAAUUAAUGGCAAUCAAGGAUAUGGGAAUUUGAAACCAGAAGCCAUUUAAAGACAUGCUCCUGAACUUUAGCGACUACUUAGUAUUUUUUUAAACCUCCCGCUUUGGGCUGGAUGUGUCAAUGUGUAGUUCAUACGUGCAUAAUCUAUGAGCAGAAUUACUGUCUUACCUAAACUAGCCACGAAAUCCCUAGUUUGAAAGCUGUGCGGCACCAUUUUGCCAAAAUGUUCUCCCACUUGGGCCAGCCCCCUAGUCAUUUGAGUUCAACCAAUGAGCUUCAGCCCCUCGCCAUAUGAUUGACAGCUCUUUUGUUUUAUUUUGUUUUUUAUUUUAGGGGGUAUGAUUGACAGCUAGCAAGAUGCACAUGUUGCACCCACAACAGAGCAGAGAGAGCAAGCAAUGACGUGGAGCACAUAUCUGCACAUAUGUGAGGUAGUACACAAUCUUCAGUGUCCACCUUUGGCUCAUGGGCACUACUUUCAGAACUACAGGAUAAAGUAUACAAAAGUACUGGAGAAUCUAUAUAUUACUGACACUUGCCCCUUUAGACUGGACACUCAGUCACACUCCCUGGUUUCAUCAUUUAACGUGGAAAAUGUUGGUUUACUUUUGUACUGUGUGAAAGUAAAAAAACUGGCAUUUGUGUGGAAAAAGCAGGGGAUGAAAAAGUAGAAACAUGUUUCUAAUUGUAGGAAACAAGGAGAAAGGAUAAGUUAAAAUGUGAAUCCUGCCAAUGAGUUUGCCAGCCAAGUUACAGCAGCCAUCAUUGCCUAUACAAAGAGACAUGAACCACCCACAGACGUUACAACUGCCUUGUGUGGUAGUAGUACUAGCAUAUGUGAGAUUGUUAUGGUUUAGAAUCACAGCUUUUAGGUAAAUUUCUCAUUGCUUACUGAAUAUGAAAAACAUCCUAACAAUUUCAAAUAAAAAGGAACAUGUGCAUUGUUCUGAAAUGUUUCCAAAGAAAUGCCCCUCCAGUUUAAACAUAAUUGAACUUAAUAAUUGUUCUUAAGCAUGUAAACCAAAGUUUAGAGGGCUGAAAGCGUGACUGUAAUGUUUGACCUAACUUUUUACCACGAGACUGCAAUGAUUUUAUUCCUCCAAACUUUUGUAUUGGAUUAUCUCGUACAUUUGAUUGCAACAUUGUAUGAGCCAAUUGGUUACUUUCAAAGUUUUAUCUAGACCAAAAUCUAGACCACAACUAAAUUGAUUUUUAAUUAAAAAACUACCCAUAGAAAUCCCAUCAAAUAUUUGUUAUAUCUCUUCAAUCUACUGAAAAGCGAUAUAUUUUGGGGUGUCUCGACAAGUACUGAGUUAUUUUUGACAUAUGUGCUAUUUAUGUGCCUCUCUACUUAACUGUAGAGUACCUGUUUGGCUAAGACGGAGCUGUGUGUGUGUGAGAGGGAGCAGCUGGCGCCUGUGUUCUCCACUAGAAGUCUGAGGCCCUCAGAGUGACCCUGGGAGGCAGCCACAUGCAGAGUGGACAUCCUGUGUACACUAAGCAUUAGAUCCAAUGCCUAGAUCUGGAACACAAGAGACAUUUAGCUUUCUCAGUACUCACAGUUUUGUUUUUAUCUCUUGUAUUUUGGUGUAUAAGUGAUCUUGCUUCUUUUUGAAAGGUACUUUAAAUACAAUGCAUUAUUAUUAUUAGACUGCCCUAAAUCUAUGGAAGGCCUAUAUUUUCAAGGAAAUGCAUCCAUCCUGUCAUACCUGGGAGAAAUCAGGUCUGAGUUUUGAAUUGGUGAAUACAUGAAUUGGUGAUAGCAUUUUACUUAAAUCAUAAAUGGAUUAUUCAAUCACACAUGAGUGGGGUGGAGAGUGGGGUAAGUUGAGCAGAAGGGGUAAGUUGAGCACCUACCUUGUUUCUAGGAAACCAUACACAACAUUUAUAAUUUGACCAAAUAUUUAGAAAGAGGUCAUCAUGUCAUGGAGUGUGUGAAGGAAGAAGCCUGGAAAAAGUGGUAAGCAAGUUAGGGCAGAAUAACUGAUUUUCACCAAGUCAAAUGAAUUAAAAGUGUUUCAAAAAGUACAACGUGUUUGUUAGGUGUUAAGCCUGUGUUAAAAUAUGCUUACAAUUUUUAAAAGACAAAAAAGCGAUUAUGAUUGUGUUAAAAUAUGUUUGGGAAAUAAAGAUAGACACUGUUUUAAAAUGUUA